UCUCAAACUCUCAUCCAUUCAAGCGCAGCAGACGAGAGAGGAGGACAACACUUGGACAGUCAUCCUGAACCUUCAAAAAUACAUUUUAUCCACAUACCAGUUCAAUCAUCUUCCGGCAUGUUUUCCCAAUAUAAAGUCUUCUCGUUGAUGAGCUGCCUGUUACUCCUGACGGUGAUGUUUCCAGCGGUCCAGUCUCGUCGUGGCGGGGGCUUCGGGCGCGGAGGAGGCCGGGGCGGAGGAUGGGGCGGCAGCAGCUCCGGACGUGCGGGCUGGGGAGGAGGCGGUGGACAUUACCGUGCCCCACCAGCCCACACUGGAAGCUCCUCUGGACACAGCACUGGGAAGGUAGCAGGGGCGGCCGCCGCCGGAGCUCUAGGGGGAAUGCUGGUUGGACACGGCUUGAGCUCCUUGGCCCGUCCCGGAUACGGGUACGGGCACGGGUACGGAGGAUAUGGAGGAUACGGAGGCUACGGUGCGGGGUACGGGCACGGCCACGGGUACGGCCACGGUCACGGACACGGACACGGCCAUGGACACGAAGGACAUGGUGGUGAGCAUACAGGAGAUCAUGUUCACAAUGAAACAGAUGUGGAUUAUUAUACAGAUGCUGCCUGUUCUGGACCCAUUUAUAGCUGCGUGACAGUUUUUGGACUCGUGAUGUCAUUCUCACUCGGGUACUUUCUGUCAUAAGGGCCACUUAUAGGCCACUUGGUAUGAGUCAAUCUUGGGCACUUUCUGUUGCUUCUUUCA